GGCGGGCUUUSCAAGCCAGGACACCCAGGGAGGCGAGAGUGCAUAUAAGCGCAAGAGAGGAGAGGGGCACCCCGACGAUGAGCCCAAGAUUGGAAGAGUGCUUUUUGGACCCUUGACYGGCCGUUYGCRAUGGASRAGAAGGAGAAAUGGCGGUCGGAUUGUCUGAGUUGAAUGGACUCCGAGGAGAAGGAGRSGUAGAGAACGCGUCCCCAGAAGAGGGAGGAGGAAUGGGGGAGAACGGAGGAGGAAUGGAGAAGAAGGCGUCCGUUAGAGACGGAGGAGAUGGCGAAACGGAGGAGGACGCAGCGGAAUCAGUUGCAGGACGAGAAAUAAUCGAGGUGGACAAGUCGGAGAGGGAGGAGCAGAAGGAGAUGAAGAGACCGAAGAAGAGGGAGGGGGCGGAGGAGACGACGAGAACGAAGAAGAGCGAGGAGGAAGAGGAGAUGAAGAGACCGAAGAAGAGGGAUGGCCAGAAGCAGACGACGACAACGAAGAAGGGGGGGAAGCACGAGAAGACGAAGAGACCGAAGAAAUAUUCUGUCUUGUAAUGAUCUCCCCCCCAUCUGUUGCAUAUGAACAUGUCGUUACCACCUCAUGGCCCCCUGGACGAAUUUGUGUAAUGCACGCCGCCACCUGGGUCGAUCCCGAGAUUUUCGGGUUCUCAGGGUCGUCCCCUGUGCAGGACGCAAAAAGCAUCAGCAGAACAAAAAAGGGACACGCAAGAGGACGAACUGAGAGAUAGCGAAGGAGAGAAAGAGAGGGAGACAAGGACAGAAAGCGGGAGAACGGAUAGACGGACAGGAUUUUGCACGCAUGGGGUGGAUACUUUGGCUGCUCUGAAUACUGAGAGAGGGCCGCCAUAGCUUCAAAAAGGAGAUAAAUAGUCCGCCUUUCU